AUGCCUAUCAACCACCAAGAAGAACAAAAAAAAGCUGGAUACUUGAAGGAAUUAAAUGCUACAAGUGACAGAAUUAGACAGCAUGUCAUGCAAUCUCCAAAUUUAACUAAAGAAGCUGCCGCAAAAUUGGACGAUUUCAAGUUCGACAGAGUCCCAUUACCAGUAAUGCAAAAUGAACCUCCAAUGUUGGAAAAGAAUGCUACUACUAGAUCUGGUUCCACUUUGGAAAUGUGGGAAGAACAUGUCGAUCAAAGAUUAAAUGCUGUCGAUGCCAAAUUAAGAAACUCUGAUCUUUCUUCCAUGUUUGCAUCUGGUAAAUUAGAAGAAAUGGAAUUUUAA